GGGUUUAGAAUCGGACCAAGCCCGAUAUUUUCGCGCGGGAUCGGGUGGACUUGCAGUUGAAGCCAACAGGCCGAAUUUACAUUCCUGCUACCCGUAAUUUUAAACCCAAGCUUGAGUAUUGUUUUCUCGAUUCUGGAGCUUGAAAUACCAGAAGCUGCUUGAAUGGGGCCGAAUCUUCUAUUGCAUUGACAGAGACUUUGAGCUUCGUCACUUCCUUCAACAAUUACGAUCUUGACCUUUUCUCUGGAAUAACCCUAGCGGGUACUCGAUGAAGGGUGCUUCGGCAUCAAGUACAAUACAGGCAGCUUUCUCCUACUGUGUACAGCAAGUAAGAAAUUAUGAUUACCAUCACUACCUCUGCAACAUUGAGCUCCCUCCCAAAAUGCGGAAGGCUGCAUUUGCCAUCCGUGCCUUUAAUGUUGAAACCGCCAGAGCAAUGGAUAUUGCUUCUGAUCCCAGGAUUGGCCUUAUGCGCCUCCUCUGGUGGCAGGAAGCCAUAGACAAAAUUUUUGCCAACAAAACGAUUGAGCAUCCAACAGCUCAGGCCCUUGCAUCUGUGGUAUCUGAGCACAAAAUCAGCAAGGGCUGGAUGAAACGGUCUGUUGAAGCUCGAAUCAAUGAUGCAAGAAGAGAGGUUACUGAUAUGCCGGAAACGAUUGAAGAGUUGGAGCGAUAUGCUGAGGACACUGUAUCCACUCUUCUGUACACAACACUUCAAGCUGGUGGGAUCAGGUCUACUGCAGCAGAUCAUGCAGCAUCACACAUUGGUAAGGCAAGUGGCCUUCUCUUGCUGCUAAGGUCUCUACCAUAUCAUGCUAAUCGAAACCGUCAGUUUCCUUAUAUACCAAAGGACCUAGCAGCCAAUCACAAUUUGUUGGAUACACAGGGAGGUCGAUCAGAGAUUCGAAUGGAUUCUCCUGAGGGUCUGUGUGACGUGGUUUUUGAUAUGGCAUCAGUAGCUAAUGCCCAUUUGGAGAAGGCUCGUCAAUUAGCUGGAACAGUACCUGCUGAGGCUCUUCCAGUGCUUCUACCAGCUGUGCCUGCCCAGGUUAUCUUGGACUCCCUGAGUCGGGUGCAAUUCAAUGUGUUUGAUCCAAGGAUGGCUCGGGGGAUUCUUGGUAUUCCUCCUUUGUGGUUCCAAUUGAAACUCAAAUGGCAUUCAUGGAGAGGGAAAUACUAAGAAAAUUUCAGUUAAGGGAUUUUAUCAUUGAAGAAGUUUUGGUUCCUUCAAAUAAGGAGAUUUUUGUUCUCAUAUAACAACAAAUACAGAGACUUCUGGAUUACAAUUGUUUUUUUAACUGGCAGCUCCCUCAGUGCUUCGUUGUCACAGUAGGCAGCUGGGCUUGAAUUUGAUUCCUUGCUUGAUGAAUGUUGAAUUUACUGCUCUUGUAACCUAAUCCAAGGUUUUGGUAUACAACUGUUGUAGUGGACCACAUGUAUCAGAUAUAUGACGGCAUACUCUUCUGGGUAAGCUUCCACUCACUGGCUAUCUCAAUGACUCUGAAUUUAUAUCCAAUAAAAUCCCUUUCAAUUUUUUUUUUAA